UGCGGCGGCGGCGGCGGCGGGGCCGGGCCGGGGCCAUGGAGCGCUGGACCGGCCGCGUCGCGCUGGUCACCGGCGCCUCGGUGGGCAUCGGCGCGGCCGUGGCGCGGGCGCUGGUGCAGCACGGCAUGAAGGUGGUGGGAUGCGCUCGCAGCGUCGAUAAGAUCGAGAAGCUGGCAGCUGAGUGCCAGAGUGCCGGCUACCCGGGCACGCUGAUCCCGUACAAGUGUGACCUGUCCAACGAGGAGGAGAUCCUGUCCAUGUUCUCGGCCAUCAAGACCCUUCACCAGGGUGUGGACGUCUGCAUCAACAACGCGGGGCUGGCCCGGCCCGAGCCCCUGCUCUCGGGGAAGACAGAGGGCUGGAGGACCAUGAUAGAUGUGAAUGUGAUGGCUGUGAGCAUCUGCACCCGGGAGGCCUAUCAGUCCAUGAAGGAGAGAAACAUCGAUGAUGGGCACAUAAUUAACAUUAACAGCAUGAACGGGCACAGCGUGGUGCCCCAGUCCGUGGUGCACUUUUACAGCGCCACCAAGUACGCGGUGACGGCGCUGACCGAGGGGCUGCGGCAGGAGCUGCGCGAGGCCAGGACCCACAUCCGAGCCACAUGUAUAUCUCCAGGACUGGUGGAAACAGGAUUUGCUUUUAAACUUCAUGAUAACGACCCCGAGAGGGCUGCUGCAACCUAUGAGAGCAUUCGGUGUCUCAAGGCUGAAGAUAUGGCCAAUGCUGUCAUCUAUGUCCUCAGUGCCCCUCCUCAUGUACAGGUCACAGUGCAGCAGAGGAGUGCCCAGUGCAGAAUUCCAGUGCAGAAUUGCAGUUCCACCCCUGCUGGUGUCUUGCAGAUCGGGGAUAUACAGAUGAGGCCCACGGAGCAGAUCUCCUAGCAGAGGAGGAGGAUGAGGAGCACCAUGAGCAGCACCGUGUCCACUCCACCUGGAACCCUCUGGCAGCCCAGGGUUCCCUCGGCUGGCUGGCAGCGUUUUAAUCAAGUACCAAGGAUCAUGUUUGAAGAAUUAUUUUUCUCUCCCUCUCUCUGAGCUGGUGCUGGUGCUGAGCCAGUUUGAAAAACACCAACAAAACCAGAACCACAAACUCUUAGUGGGCCUCUUUCUCCCCCACUCCUUUCUGAAACUGCUUAAGAGUAAAAAUGUAUUUGAAAAUAAUGCAGGGAAGUGGUUUGUGGAAGAUUGUUUGUCUCCAGGCUGGUUUAUUCUUCCUUUUGCUUUCUUUUCAAGGUUUGUUUGAUCUUAGUUGCUGAUGCUGAGUGUGGACCUAGGUGAAGUGGCACAGGAUGUUUGCCAGCUUCAGUGUGCUUAGGGUUUGAGAUUUUCAGUGGGUGACAUACAUGAAUCCAUCUAUUGAUUCUAUCUAUGAAUCCAUACCUUGAGUUCAUUUUCGUGGGGUUGAUUACUGAUGGUGAUGAUGCAUGUGAUAUUUUCUUUUUCUUUUGUAUCCCACUGCUCUAACCCCAGUGUACAACCUCCCCCAGCCCUCCUUUCCCCUUCACACGAAUCAUGCCUGCCAAGUUUGAGGAAGUAUAAAUGUGUGUGCUUGAUAUUUCUCUUUUUUUCUAGGUAGGUAAUUAGCUGGAGGAAAAGCACCUGUCCCUGGGCAGGUUAGGAUGAUAAUCUAAGUGGCAUAGUUACAGUAAGAGUGAGUUGUUUGGUAUUUUUAAUAAAAACUAAACGUGUGCUGUCUUGUGAUCACCUCUAUCCUUGGUAUCAUCUCCCAGCACUCUCGAUGUUCUGUAUGUGAUAUUUGCAUGCAUUGACACUUUUCUGGAAAUGUGGAUUGCUCUGGUGCUGUUGAAAUGCUGGUGCUGAGGAGCUGGAAAUGGUGGAAGUUUAUUUUUGUGUAGAGACACAAACUCUGAGAGAGAGAGAGAGAGAGAGAGAGGGAGAUGGAGUGGAACGAGCCGUGCCGAAGGUGUGUGGAAUGAGGAGAGGUUUCCAGGGGCAUUUGGGCUACAAAAAGCAGCAGGUGAAAGGUCUGGCUGAGGUUUCGUGUUGGGGCAGCCCUGGUGUUUGGCUCUGGGUUUACUCUGAGCUGAGGGAGAAGAGAAUGGGCCCCAAAGCAGAGCUGGAGACCCUCUGCAGGGAGGUCUGCGUGUGUCCAGCUCUCUGUGGAGCUCCUGGACAUGUUGCCUUAAGAUUGCAGACCCUGUCCAGCUCCUGCUGGGCUCCAGGCAGCGUUUCAGAAGGUCAGGGAUGGUCAGUUGGUCAGAGCAGAGGACAGAGAGCUUGGGAAAUUUGGCUUGGAUUGUUUGGCUUACACCAGGAGAGCCCUGGGAGCUCAUCUGUGUUACCCCUGCACAAGGGGACCGGAGCUGGGCCACCAAAACACGAGUUCAGCUCCCAGUACAGCCUUGGGCAAGUCACUUUACCUCUCUGCCUCAGUUUCCCCGCCUGGAAAAUGGGGAUAGUAACACUCACCUACCUCACAGGGGUGUUGUGAGGACUCACAAGCUUUUGUAAAGCACUUUGACCACGCCAGGCGCUGCGUAAGUGCUGAGUGUUGAUAUUGAAGUAUUACUAUGAAUUAAACUUGUGAUACCUAGAAUUCCUUGUGCCAAAGGUGAGCAGCUGUAGGAGGAUACAAGGAGAAAACUGGCAAAAUGUUCCUUUUCAUGAUGACAAAAACAAAAGGCAAUUUUCCCCUUUUUUUUCCCUCUUUAUUAACACAUGGUGUGUUCUGUCCAUCCCUCACCUGUUGCCAGUUUCUAUUGACAAGUGCACCUGGAUUUGGCUUUUUAAUUUAUUGUGAGUGAGAUCCCUGGCCCUUGGGAAGUCUUGCACUGCCCUGCUCCAGGAUGCCCUUGUGUGGAUUCCCAGCAGGUACCCUGGGCAGUUCAGGAGAAGGUGGUUGAACUAAAGAGGCCAAAAAAAAAAUAAAAAUAUUGAGAAAUUAGGAACUUCUGAGCAGGAAAAGCUGAGCAGGGAUAUGGGCAGCAGUGGUGAAACAUUGAAUUGUGGCAGCAACCACGUGCAAAGUUCAGCAGAUGUUGAAAUGUGUGGCUGAGGAAGGGCUUUACAUCUCCCUGUGCAGUGAAAGGAGGAUUUGCAGAGAACUGCUUAAGGUGCAGAACCUUGACACAGGGUUUGUCCAGGUAAUUGCUCCCUGCAAACACAGCCUGCCUGCCCUGCAGCAGUUCUGGUGUUUUCCCUGCCCUAAGAACAUUUUAAGUCUGAUGUAAACUCGAGAUGUGCAGUAUAUUUUUCCAUCUGAAGUGUGGUUUUAGGGGAUCAUCCCUGCUGUCCUCCCCCAGGAGGGAGAGCUCCUUGCGGGUUUGGUGGCCUUGGUGGCACCUCCUGCCACCUUCCUGGGCUGAGAUGGGACACAACAAGGGGCAGUGAAACCCCUCAAACGUGAGGAUCAGUGAACUGUGUAAUUUAUCAGUAGGUUUCUAAUUGUGAACUGUAAAAUAAAUAAUAAAAAGAGAGGCACACUGUG